AGGAAGCAGCAUUUGACUGUGUCUCUGCACAAACCCUCUUCAUUCUUUUACACGCAAGAAAACAGAGAGAGUAAUGGAAGAUCAAGAAGAGGGUGAAGUUUGCGAAAACAAGGAAACUCCUGUUCGAGUAUAUGCUGAUGGAAUUUAUGAUCUCUUUCACUUUGGCCAUGCCCGUUCUCUUGAGCAAGCGAAAAAACUGUUUCCAAACACUUAUCUCCUUGUUGGAUGCUGCAAUGAUGAGACCACCCACAAGUAUAAGGGCAAAACUGUUAUGACUGAUAAGGAACGCUAUGAGUCUCUUCGCCACUGCAGGUGGGUCGACGAAGUUAUACCAGAUGCACCAUGGGUAGUCACUCCGGAGUUCCUUGACAAACACCAAAUUGACUUCAUAGCUCAUGAUUCUCUUCCUUAUGCUGAUGCAAGUGGAGCUGGAAAGGAUGUCUAUGAAUAUGUUAAAUCUAUUGGAAAAUUUAAGGAAACAAAGAGGACUGAAGGAAUUUCUACUUCUGAUAUUAUAAUGAGAAUUAUCAAAGAUUAUAACCAGUAUGUAAUGCGUAAUUUGGACCGUGGUUAUACAAGAAAGGAUCUGGGGGUCAGCUAUGUCAAGGAGAAGAGAUUGAGAAUGAACAUGGGGCUUAAAAAAUUGCAUGAGAGAGUGAAGAAACAUCAAGAGAAAGUGGGAAAGAAGAUAAAAACGGUGGGGAGAAUUGCUGGAAUGAACCGUACUGAAUGGGUCGAAAAUGCGGAUAAAUUGGUUGCUGGAUUUCUUGAGAUGUUUGAAGAAGGCUGCCACAAAAUGGGAACAGCGAUAAGAGACAGUAUUCAAGAACGACUGAGGACUCAGCAGCUAAAAUCUCUUAUUUAUGAUGAUGAAGAUGAAUUCUACGAUGAUGAAUCUGUAGAAUACUACAGUGAGUAAAGUGACAAAUAAGCUUGUGUAUUUCCAGAUUCUGAACCGUUCCUAUAAUUAAGCUAUGCUUUUCUGUAACAAGGAUCACUAGAAAGAUACAGGUUUAAGUCAUGUAUGCGAGAUGGUUUGGACAUUA